AUGUCUCGCUUCUUGGAUCUGAAGGACUUUGGAGAUGCUGCUCGAUACCUUCGUCUCACCAACCUUGAGCAACUGGCAGCCAUUGCUCAGGCCUUUGAUGGCACAAAGCGCGUUUGGAUGCCCGAUGAAGCAGAAGCAUACGUUGAGGUGGAGGUCCGAGAACGGAAUGGAGACAAAACUACAGUGGAGACGAAAGAUGGACGGUUUGUCAUCGUUAAGGAGGAUGACCUGCAACCCACCAACCCCCCAAAGUUUGAUAUGAUGGAGGACAUUGCCAUGUUGACGCAUCUCAACGAGGGCUCUGUGCUCUUCAACCUCAGGCGCAGAUACAGCAUGUGGAUGAUCUAUACCUACUCUGGCUUGUUCUGUGUGACUGUGAAUCCUUACAAAUGGCUGCCGGUCUACUCAAACCAAGUGGUGGCGACUUACAAGGGAAGACGCCGCACCGAAGUGCCACCACACAUAUACGCCAUCGCCGACAACGCCUACUGCGACAUGCUGCAGAAUCGUGAGAAUCAGUCGAUGCUCAUCACCGGCGAGUCAGGUGCGGGAAAAACGGUCAACACAAAGCGAGUGAUCCAGUACUUCGCUAUCACCGCUGCUCUUGGAGAAACAAUGAAGAAAGGAGGAUCAUUGGAGGACCAGAUCAUUGAAGCGAAUCCUGCCAUGGAGUCCUUUGGAAAUGCCAAAACCAUCCGCAACGACAACUCCUCACGCUUUGGAAAAUUCAUCAGAAUUCACUUUGGGCCGACAGGAAAGUUGGCGUCGGCUGACAUUGAUAUUUACCUUCUGGAGAAGUCCAGAGUGGUGUUUCAGCAGCCAGGAGAGAGAGGUUACCACAUCUUCUACCAGAUCCUGUCCAAUCACAAGCCAGAACUACAAGACAUGCUGCUGGUGACCAAGAACCCAUACGACUACCACUUUUGCUCGCAAGGCGUCACCACUGUGGCUGGCAUCAAGGAUGGCGAAGAACUGGAACUCACCGAUCACGCCAUGGACACACUGGGUUUCACGCCGGAAGAGAAGUACGGCUGUUACAAGCUUGUUGGUGCCAUCAUGCACUUUGGCAACAUGAAGUUCAAGAAGAAGCAACGAGAAGAGCAGGCUGAAGCUGACGGCACUGAAAGUGUGGACAAGGCGGCCUACUUGAUGGGCAUCAAUUCCGCUGACUUGCUUAAGGGCCUCCUAAAUCCUCGAGUCAAAGUAGGCAAUGAGUUCAUCAUGAAAGGACAGACAGUGGAGCAGGUGUACUUUGCAGCGGCGGCUCUGGCCAAGGCCACAUACGACCGCAUGUUCAAAUGGCUGGUGACACGCAUCAAUGUGUCCUUGUACACAGCACUGCCUCGACAGUACUUCAUCGGCGUGCUGGACAUUGCUGGCUUCGAGAUCUUUGAGUUGAACAGUUUUGAGCAGCUCUGCAUUAACUUCACCAAUGAGAAGCUACAGCAGUACUUCAACCACCACAUGUUCAUCCUAGAGCAGGAGGAAUACAAAAUAGAGGGCAUCGAGUGGACGUUCAUCGACUUUGGUCUUGACCUGCAGGCCUGCAUCGACCUCAUUGAGAAGCCCAUGGGAAUCGUGUCGAUCAUGGAGGAGGAGUGUAUGUUCCCCAAGGCCACGGACUUAAGUUUCAAGACCAAACUGUAUGACAACCAUCUGGGAAAAUCACCCAACUUUCAGCGGCCACGAAUGGACAAGAAGCGCAAAUACGAGGCACACUUUGAAGUGGUCCACUACGCCGGAGUGGUUCCGUACAACAUUAUAGGAUGGUUGGAUAAGAACAGAGACCCUCUCAAUGAGACUGUGGUGGUUUUGUUCCAAAAGUCCUCAAACAAACUGAUGGCCGGACUGUUUGAGAACUAUGUCACCUCCAUGACAGCCUUUGAUCCUAAGAGCGAGAUCAAGCACAGGAAGAGGAAAGCAGCUUCCUUCCAGACUGUCGCACAGCUUCAUAAGGAGAACCUCCACAAGCUCAUGGCCAACCUCCGGAGCACAAGGCCGCACUUUGUCCGCUGCAUCAUCCCCAAUGAGAGCAAGACUCCUGGCAAUAUGGACCCCUUCCUGGUCUUGCACCAGCUUAGGUGUAACGGUGUCCUGGAGGGUAUCCGCAUCUGCAGGAAGGGCUUCCCGAACCGGAUCUUGUAUGCUGAGUUCAAACAGCGCUAUCGUAUCCUGAACCCCUCUGCGAUUCCUGAGGCCGUCUUUGUGGACAGUCAUAAGGCUGUGGAGAAGCUUCUGAGUUCGCUGGAUAUUGACCACACGCAGUACAAGUUUGGAAAAACCAAAGUGUUCUUCAAGGCAGGUUUGCUGGGUCAAUUGGAGGAUAUGAGGGACACCCGCUUGUCUCAAAUCCUGACCACGGUCCAGGCCAUGAGUCGAGGGAAGCUGAUGAGGAUGGAGCUAGACAAGCUGAUGCUACAAAGGGACGCGGUGCUGGCAAUUCAGUUCAACUUGCGCUCAUUUUUCACUGUGCGCACUUGGCCGUGGAUGAUGCUGUUCUACAAGUUGAUGCCCUUGCUCAGAAGUGCUCAGGUGGAAAAGGAACUGGCCACCCUCAAUGAAGACUUCAGCAAGCUAAAGGAGGCCUUUAACAGGUCCGAGUGUAAGCGAAACGAGGCCGAGGAGCGUCAGGUGAUGCUGGUCCUGGAGAAGAAUGACUUGUAUUUGUUGCUCCAAGCCGAACAAGACAACCUUACCGAUGCAGAGGAGCGCUGCAACCAGCUGAUUCAGUCCAAGAUCUGCCUGGAGUCCAAGGUGAAGGAGAUGCAUGAACGUCUGGAGGAUGAGGAGGAAGUGAACACCAAGCUGACCUCCAAGAAGCGCCUCCUGGAGGAUGAAGUAGUGUCCCUGCGGAAGGACAUGGAUGACCUGGAAGUAACCUUGGCCAAGGCAGAGAAGGACAGGCACAGUGUUGAAACCAAGGUGAAGAAUCUUUCCCAAGAGAUGUGUGUCCUGGAUGAAUCCAUUGCUGCUCUGAACAGGGAGAAAGUUGCCCUGCAGGAAGCUCAUCAACAAGCUCUCAAUGACCGCCAGGCUCAGGAGGACAAAGUCAACAUUUUGACCAAGGCCAAGAGCAAAUUGGAGCAGCACGUGGAUAAUGUGGAGAGCUCGUUGGAGCAGGAGAAGCGAGUGCGGACUGAGUUAGAAAAAAACAAGAGAAAACUUGAGGCUGACCUGAAACUGUCUCAGGAUUCUGUGAGGGACCUGGAGGACCAGAAGAAGGAGCUGGAGGAGAGAAUAAACAAGAGAGACUUAGAGUUGGGUCAUCUUCAGUCCAAAUUGGAGGACGAACAGAACCUGGUGGCUCAGCUGCAGAAGAGAAUCAAGGAGCUUAAAACACGCAUCGAAGAGUUGGAGGAGGCCCUCGAGGCAGAGUGUGCAUGGCGAUACAAGGUGGAGCAUCAGAGGAACGAUGUUGCCCGGGAGUUGGAAGAACUUGGAGAGAAGCUGGAGGAGGCGGGAGGAAUUUCUGCUGCUCAGAUCACAAUCAAUAGGAAACGGGAAGCGGACUUCCUGAGGCAACGACGGGAGUUGGAGGAGGCAGGACUUCAUCAUGAGAUGACGGCUGCCAUGAUGAGGAAGAAGCAUGCUGACGCAGUAGGGGAAUUCACUGAGCAAAUUGAGGCACUCCAGAGAACCAAGCAGAAGAUGGAGAAGGAGAAAGCAGAGCUUCAGCUGGAGGCCGAUGAUCUGGCUGCCGAUUUUGAACAGCUCUCGAAGGCCAAGCUCGCCGUGGAAAAGAUGUGCCGAGUGUAUGCAGACCAGCUCGUUGAGAAUCGUGGCACAACUGACAAUCUGCAGCGACAGCUUACUGAAAUAUCAGCGCAAAAGGCACGCAAUGUAGCUGAGGCCGCCGAGUGCAGUCGUCGCCUGGAGGAGCGCGAGGUGCUGUGUAGUCAAUUGCAGCGAUCCAAAGCCGAACUCUGUCAUAAACUGGAAGACCUAAAAAGGCAGAUGGAAGAAGAGAGAAAAACACGCGUGACACUUGCGCAGACAGUGCAGGCAUCUCGCCAUGACUGCAAUCAGCUGCGGGAGCAACUGGAGGCAGAGCAAGAGUCCAAGGCAGAGCUGCAGAGGGCGCUCUCCAAUGCUAACAGUCAGGUGGCGCAGUGGAGGACCAAGUAUGAGACGGAUGCCAUGCUGAGGAUCGAAGAGCUGGAAGAUGCAAAGAAGAAGCUGGUUGUCAAACUUCAGGCAGCACAAGAAGUUGCCGAGGCAUCUCAGACCAAAAACUCCUCCCUGGAAAAAACUAAACAACGUCUGCAGAUUGAGAUUGAGGACUUGGUGAUGGAGCUGGGACACUCCAAUGCUUCCGUUCUAAAUCUUGACAAGAAGCAACGCCACCUGGACAAGAUGUUGAGCGAGUGGAAACAGAAGUUGGAGGACAGUCAGUCAGAGCUGGAGGCUUCCCAGAGAGAAUCACGCAAUCUCAGCACGGAGCUAUUAAAGAUGAAGAACAUUUAUGAAGAAGCUCUGGAUCAUAUCGAAACUGUUAAAUGUGAAAAUAGGAACCUUCAAGGUGAGAUUGUGGACCUGACUGAGCAGAUCAGUCAUGGUGGGAAGACCAUCCACGAGCUUGAGAGGAUGAAGAAAAUGUUGGGUAUGGAGAAGAGUGACAUCAAAGCUGCCUUGGAGGAGGCAGAGGGAUCGCUCGAGAAUGAGGAAAGCAAGACUCUUAGAGUGCAGAUGGAACUUCAGCAAACCAGGAUGGCGAUUGAACGCCAGAUUGCAGAAAAAGAUGCAGAGAUUGACAGCCUCAGGCGGAGUCACCAACGCUCGCAGGAGGCUAUGCAGGCCAGCCUGGAGGCAGAGGUUCGUGCUCGCAGUGAAGCGGUACGUUUGCGCAAGAAGUUAGAGAUGGACUUAAGUGAGAUGGACAUUCAGCUUGGUCAUGCCAACAAGCGAGCAGCCGAGGGCCAGAAGACCGUCACCUUGCUGCAUGCUCAGGUGAAAGGUCAACAGGUGGAGCUGGACAACAAGACACAGUUGACCAAUCAGCUGCAAGAACAAGUGGUACUGCUGGAGCGUCGCUGUGUGCUGAUGGCGGCUGAGGGGGAGGAGCUACGGGGUGCCUUGGAGCAUGCCGACCACACCCGCAAGAUGGCUGAAUAUGAGCUGGUGGAGGUGACGGAGAAAGCCAACCUGCUCACCACACAGAAUGCAGGUCUGGUGAGCCACAAGAAGAAGCUGGAGGCAGAUGUGUGUCAUCUGGUGAGUGAAGUCGACGAAGCGCUGACAGAGGGUCGCAGCACAGAGGAGAAAGCCAGAAAAGCCAUCACCGACGCAGCCACAAUGGCGGAGGAGCUGAAGAGGGAGCAGGACAGCAGCAGUAUGCUUGAGAGGAUGAAGGAGAAAAUGCAGGUUGCCAUCAAAGAGCUGCAAGUGAAACUGGACGAGACAGAACAGAUGGCGCUGAAGGCUAGCAAGAAGGAAAUUUACAAGCUUGAGACACGAGUGUGUGAGCUUCAGACAAAGUUGAGCAUGGAGCAGAAGAAACGUGAGGAGUACCAGGAAGGUGUCCGGCGUUAUGAGAGGAAGCUGAAAGAGAUCACCGGCCAGUCAGAGGAGGACCGCGGGACGCUAAUGAGGAUGCAGGAAGUCAUUGAGAAACUUCAAAGCAAAGUCAAAAUUUACAAGCGUCAAGCAGAAAGUGCAGAAGAGCAAGUGAACUGCACCUCGAUGCACUUCCGCAAGGUGCAACACCAGCUCGAUGAUGCCGAAGAGAGAGCCGACAUUGCUGAAUCUGCUGUCAACAAGCUGCGGCUUCAACGCACCAGCAUGUUAGCAGCAGCGUCACCCUGAUUUCUGAAUGAUCUGCCAUCACUGUAUUUUGGGGUCCCCAUUGACUUGCUCUGCAUGCUCAUGCAUGUGUUUGUGCCAGUACAGUCGAACCUCGUUACAACCUACCUCAAGGGUCAUAACGAAUCUGUACCUUAUAACGGUAGUUGGUUGUAACCAUUUCCAAUAAAAUGGCCGACAACUAUGACGUAUAAUACAGUUUGAACAUUUAUAGAUGUAAACACAUGAACAUGUAAUACAGUAUAAUAAUUUUAUAAGAUAUGAGACAAACAACUGUAGCAUUCCUACUUAAUCUCUGAAAACAUUCAAUCAACAAAUGCCAGUGCCGCAAACAUCUGAGAGAGUCCCUUUCGAAAAGUGAGAGACAAUUUCAGCCUUCACAGACAGCGAAAUUUGCUUCCGCUCAUCAGACAUCUUUUCAGAGCAUGUCCUCUGGACCGCACUGUGCUUCUGUGAGUUAUGGCAGGAAGGACAACAACAGUGUACUGAGUCUAUCAGGAGCGCUGCUUAGCAACUCGGGAAUCCCGCACUGUACAUUUUUGUUCAUUAGCAAGAUGGCGCUGGCAGUUAGCU